GACACCUGUUUCCGGAUUGGGACGCAACCUGGAGUAUUGCGCCUGCGUGUUGUCAGACGGUAAUUGAACGCGGAGGCUUCCGUAGGGGGCGGGAAGGAAGAUGGCGGCGGCCGUCCUCAGAGAGUUGGGCACAUUAUGGAUACAGAAUUUGAGGAGCCGGGGGACUCUGGCCUUGGGGCUUCUUUCAUCUCACAGUGUUUUACCCCAAUCACACAUCCACAUGAGUGCUCCUCUUGACAUUUCUCGGAAAUGGGAGAAGAAGAAUAAAAUUGUUUACCCUCCACAACUGCCUGGUGAGCCUCGCAGACCAGCAGAAAUCUACCAUUGUCGAAGACAAAUAAAAUACAGCAAAGACAAGAUGUGGUAUUUGGCAAAAUUGAUACGAGGAAUGUCCAUUGACCAAGCUUUGGCUCAGUUGGAAUUCAGUGAUAAGAAAGGAGCUCAGAUAAUUAAAGAGAUUCUCUUAGAAGCCCAAGAUAUGGCAGUGAAAGACCACAAUGUGGAAUUCAGAUCCAAUUUGUAUGUAGCUGAGUCCACCUCAGGGCGUGGCCAGUACCUGAAACGCAUCCGCUACCACGGCAGAGGUCGCUUUGGGAUCAUGGAGAAGGUUUAUUGCCAUUAUUUUGUGAAGUUGGUGGAAGGGCCCCCUCCUCCCCCUAAGCCACCAAAGACAGCCAUGGACCAUGCUAAGGAGUAUAUUCAGCAGCUUCGCAGCCGGACCAUCAUUCACACUCUGUGAUGGGGAGCUCAGACUUACAGUGUACAUAUUUUGCCAUUUAUUUUUAAAAAUAAAAAUUUAAGACAAAUA